AUGAUAAAGAAGGAGCGUCACGAGAAGCAGAGGCAGCUCGUUCUUGAGACAUCAGCUCGUGUUCUCGAGCUAACCGAGACAUUUCUUGGCGUUUCCAAGCUUCUUCACGAUCAAGACGUUCUUGUUCUCUCUUCUCAAGCGCUUCAAGAAAACUCCGUUGCAUUGCUGCUUGCUUCUGCAUCACUUGUCUCACCAAACUUUCGAAUAGUUCCAUCAUCUUGCCGCCUCCAACGCCGCGGUUUCCACGACCCGCAGCCUGAUCCACGUCCAUAUCGUCUUCGUCUUCAUCAUCGGACCCCAUUCCCGAAGCUGUCGAUGAGCUGUGAGACGAGAAAGCGACGCCGGGAAACGUGGGAGCCACCAGAGGAGGAGGUGGUGGAAUUGGGGUGGUAA